GCUUCUCCGGUUGGGAAAUUAGGGGUUGUGUACUAUGUUUGUACCAGGUGCUUACACACUUUCUGUGAGGUAUGAGUAUCUUUUUUAAAUUUUUAGUUCUCCAAAACUUAGGGCUUCUCCUGUUGGGAAAAUAGGGGUUGUGUACUAUGUUUGUACCAGGUGCUUACACACUUUCUGUGAGGUAUGAGUACCUUUUUUAAAUUUUUAGCUCUUCAAAACUUAGGGCUUCUCCGGUUGGGAAAUUAGGGGUUGUGUACUAUGUUUGUACCAGGUGCUUACACACUUUCUGUGAGGUAUGAGUAUCUUUUUUAAAUUUUUAGCUCUCCAAAACUUAGGGCUUCUCCGGUUGGGAAAAUAGGGGUUGUGUACUAUGUUUGUACCAGGUGCUUACACACUUUCUGUGAGGCGCAAAGAUAAAGUUUUUCACUAUAAAAUCAACAAUGAUGGAGAAUGUUUUAAUUUGUAUGGAGAAGAUGGAUUUGCCAGUGUUCCAGAAUUAAUAGACUAUUACCGAAACAAUGAUGGUAUUUUUCUUGAUGAAAAUGGUGAGAAUGUUGAUUUGAUUAACCCCCUCUUUGUGGAGACGUCAGGUGCUUCAUUGCAACAAGAAAGGUGGUUUUAUGGAUGCAUCAGUAAAGAUGAAACAAAAGAAAUGCUACUAAAAAAUGGGUCGCCUGGCAGCUUUCUUAUUCGAGAGAGUCAGUCAAAACCUGGAAAUUAUGUAUUAUCAGCCAGGUCUGAAUUUGACGUUGUAGAGUUUCUGGUGGAAUAUCAUGAUAAAAGCUUUGACCUCUCUGGUGCUAAACGUUUUAGUUUUCCAAGCUUACACUCAUUACUUGAUUAUUACAAGUUACAUCCAAUCAUCCACAGACAGACAGAUCAGCAAGUGAAUAUUUGUGAGCCUUUGUCCGUUACUACUGAGAAGAAGAAGUCAGACUCUGUCAUGAAAGCAGAAUUUGAAAGACUGCAACAACUUGAUAGAGCAAAUCCUGCCAGUAAAAAGGAAGGUAGAAGGCCUGAAAACAAAACUAAAAACAGAUACAAGAAUAUUCUUCCUUUUGAUCAUACAAGAGUGAAAUUAAGAACUGGAAAGCCACAUAUUGUUGGUUCUGAUUACAUCAAUGCAAAUUACAUUGAAGAUGAUGUCACAGGAAAAAUUUAUAUAGCAUCACAAGGAUGUAUGCAGUCAAUUCUAAACGAUUUUUGGCAAAUGAUUUAUCAGGAGAACAGUCGUAUAAUCAUUAUGCUAACGAAUGAAGUUGAAAAAGGAAAGAUUAAAUGUAUUCGAUAUUGGCCUGACAAGGGAUCGAUUAUGUUUUGUGGUGAUAAGACAGUGGCAAAUGUCAGUGAGAGAAGUACUAGAGAUUACAUAAUACGAGAGCUACAUGUUUCUCGUAACAAUGACGACGAACCCCACAGUGGACCAGCCAAGCCCCCUCGGAAAAUAUUUUUCUACCAGUACACAGAAUGGCCUGAUCACGGUGUGCCAACGGAUCCUGGAUCGUUGCUGCAAAUGUUACAGGAUGCAGACAACAAGGAGAAGAGCUCCUUUGAAAAACCUGGAUGUCCCAUAAUUCAUUGCAGUGCCGGGAUCGGGCGAACGGGGACUGUUGUGUGCGUUGAUAUGCUGAUCAACCAAUUGAGACUCAAGGGGAAUCUAAACAGCAUCGAUGUGCCGGGCACCGUUGAGAAAGUUCGAAUGCAAAGGUCAGGUAUGGUGCAAACAGAGCUCCAGUACAAGUUCAUUUAUUCUGUUCUCAAUUAUUACACUGAAGUAGAGAGGAAAAUAUUUUCCAUGAAGAAGAAGGAUCAAAUCUACUCCAAUAUUAAUGAAGCCGGUUUAGACUCUAAAAGGAGAACGGCAAAAGGCAAGAAAAAAUAAAGUGACUUCAAACAAAAAGCUUCAAUUGGUCUGAGUUGCAAAACGUUUCCACUGAAUAUCUGAAGAGUUUCCUAGCAAAAAGAGUCUCUUCUUUGAAAUUUUUUACGGUAGUUCAUUGCAUACAAUUGCCAGUUUGUCACUUUAAUUUUGAACCAUGCAAGUCACAGCUGAACUUUCCACAUUGAGACGUGCCGCCGAUUGAAUUCAAGCAAUUUUCUAUUAGCUACAAUUCAAAUAAGCUUAUCUAAUUUGAUAAUUAUGCAUAAUUUCAAGCAUAUUGGUAAGAAAAAUUAAGAUAUUUUUUGUACGGUUUAGAAUCGACCUCAUCCUUCGAUGGACCCAACGAAAUAGGAACGGGGAAAAGAACCGAGGCCACUUGCCCUCCUUCUCUAUAAGAACAUGCUUGAGAGCUUCCUCCUUUCUUAUUAUACUGUAUUUCUUCUAAAGAACACCGCGGCGUUUCUUACUAAAUCCAAUUGUUGAGUGCGGCGUUUGAUAGAGGGCAGGGUUUAAUAGAGGGCGGCGUUCGGUGGUAGGUGGUCGAGGGGUAUUUGAGAUGAUUACUGUUACGUAACAACGUAACGGGAAUCUACCCUGUAAUCGUUAGGGAGCGUUACAAAGGGGUGGGGUGGUUCCAAACUGUUACGUACAAAUUGAAGGACAGAGUGAAGAAUUCCCAAGUACGCCAAGUUAUGUUCUCUGAUCUUUGAGAUUCUUGAGUCUGAAGAUACGGUCCUUAUGUCUCCAGACUCGGCCACAUCUGAUGGAUAAUAUUUUUUUACUAGAUAUAUAUGACUGAGAGAUGCGCUUAAGGGAAGAGGAACCAGCAAAUAGUAGUGUGAUAUCACUUUGCCUUGUUCGUGUUUGGGAAAGAAGGGAAUCAUCUUUGAUGUUGGCCAAUUAUUUAUCAGUUUACAAUCUUCAUAUUAUUGUACGUGAUAUGCACAUUUAUAUACACCGGCUUAUUCAUUUAAACAUUUGUAAGUCAGUUUAAUACGGAAAAUAUCCACUUAGGCAACCUGCAUUAACAGUAUCAUAAUCUGAGACGAGAUUGUCCCUUAAGAAUGUGAUGCAGCCAAAUAGAAGCUUAGUAAAUGUUUGGCAUCGCUAUGUUUGUGCAGAAUGAAUUCCAGUAUAACGUUCUUGGUGGUUUUUAUUUUUGCUUGUAUGAUAAAGUAAUAUGUUAUUACUAUUUUAUGUAAUUUUGUAACUUUUUGUAGAUCUUUAUUUUAGCUAAUUGCUACUCAAGCAGUCACUUGUAUCGAUAAACAGUCUUAUGAA